UAGCUAGCUAGAUCCGCCGCCGCGUUGCAACCUGCGGGGGAACAUUGAUCGAACCGUGCUUGCGCUUGACCUUUGCUGACCGGAGAUGGAGAUGCAGCUCGCGGCCGUGCUCGCCACGCUCGCCCUCGGCGGCGCGCUCGUCGUGCUCUUCUUCGGCAAGUGGUGGCAGCCGCUGGCCGACGGCGACAAGCGCGUCAAGGAGCUCGACGACGCCGUCGAGGCCCUGCUGCAGCUGCGGGCCGACCUGCUCAAGCAGCUGGACGGCGCGCCGGAGCCGGAGCAGCCGCGCGCGUGGCUGCGGCGCGUGCAGGACGCGCAGGACGAGGUCGCGUCCAUCAAGGCGCGGCACGACGCGGGGCAGCUCUACGUUGUCCGCCUCCUGCACUACUUCCUCACCACGGGCCCCGUCGCCGGGCUGGCCGAGAAGCAGCUCAAGGUCGUGCGCGCGAUCCAGGAGCAGGGCGCGGCUCUGCUGGAGGCCGCGCUGGCCACGCCGCAGGCGCCGCCACCGCUCCUCCUCCAGCCCGAGGAGCUGGAGCUCCCGCCCGAGACAGGUUCCACCAGGGCGUACCUCAACGAGGCGCUCCGUUUCCUCGGCGACUGCGACUCCGCGCUUGGCGUCUGGGGCGCCGGCGGCGUGGGCAAGACGACGGUGCUGAAGCAGGUGCGCGACGUGUGCGGCCGCGUCGCACCCUUCUUCGACCACGUCCUCCUCCUGGCGGCCUCCAGGGACUGCACGGUGGCCAAUCUCCAGAAGGAGGUCGUGGCCGUGCUCGGCCUCCGCGACGCGCCGACCGAGCAGGCGCAGGCCGCCGGAAUCCUGAGCUUCCUCAGGGACAAGAGCUUCCUGCUCCUGCUGGACAGCGUGUGGGAGCGCCUGGACCUGGAGAGGGUCGGCAUCCCGCAACCCUUGGGGGUGGUGGCUGGCCGGGUGAGGAAGGUGGUCGUGGCAUCCAGGAGCGAGGCGGUGUGCGAGGACAUGGGCUGCCGCAAGAAGAUGAAGAUGGAGUGCAUGAACGAAGACGACGCGUGGAGCCUCUUCGAAGCGAACGCCGGCGAGGAGGCCAUUAGCGGCAACGCCCAAAUCUCCACACUUGCAAGACAGGUGGCUGCAGAAUGCAAUGGCCUGCCUCUCUUCCUAGCCACCGUCGGCCGUGCCUUGUCCAACAAACGUACAGCAGAGGAGUGGUGCCAUGCACUCGACAAGCUCAAGAAGCCGCAGCUCACGAGCACUGCGCCCGGCCAGGACAAGAGCGCGCACGCUCUCGUGAAGUUGUGCUUCGACAAUCUCGAGAGUGACACGGUGAGGGAGUGCCUCCUGACCUGCGCCCUCUGGCCGGAGGACUACAACAUCUCCAAGGACGAGCUCGUGCAGUGCUGGAUCGGCCUGGGCCUCCUCCCCAAGUACGACGACGUCGACGAGUCGCUCCGGUUCGGGCACACGGUGGUCUCCAUCCUGGAGUCGGCGCGCCUCCUGGAGCAGGGCGACAACCACCGGUACAACAUGUGCCCGUCCGACACGCACGUCCGGCUCCACGACGUGGUCCGCGACGCGGCACUCCAGCUCGCGCCCGGCAAGUGGCUGGUCCGCGCGGGCGUCGGGCUGAGGGAGCCGCCCCGCGAGGAGGCGCUGUGGCGCGACGCAGAGCGCGUCUCGCUGAUGCACAACGCCAUCGAGGAGGCCCCCGCCAAGGCCGGCAGCGCGCUCUCGGACGCGCGGCCGGUGUCGCUGAUGCUGCAGUGCAACCGCGCCCUGCCGCGGAGGAUGCUGCAGGCGAUCCAGCACUUGACCAGUCUGACGUACCUGGACCUGGAGGACACCGGCAUACUGGACGCGUUCCCGAUGGAGGUCUGCUGCCUCGUCAACCUGGAGUUCCUCAACCUGUCCAGGAACCGGAUCCUGUCGCUGCCCAUGGAGCUGAGCAACCUGAGCCAGCUCAAGUACCUCCACCUGCGCGACAACUACUACAUCCAGAUCACGGUGCCUCCGGGUCUGAUCUCGCGGCUCGCGAAGCUGCAGGUGCUGGACCUGUUCACCGCGAGCAUCGUCUCCGUGGCGGACGACUACGUGGCGCCGGUCAUCGACGACCUGGAGAGCAGCGGCGCGCGCAUGCCGUGGCUCGGCAUCUGGAUGGACAACACCGGCGAUGCGCAGAGGCUCGCGCGCCUGGCGCCGGGCGUGUGCGCCCGGUCGAUCCACCUGCGCAAGCUGGAGGGGGCACGGACCCUGGAGCUGCUGUCGGCGCAGCACGCGGCAGAGCUCGGGGGCGUGCAGGAGGGCCUGCGGGAGCUGGCGGUGUACUCGUCCGACAUCGAGGAGAUCGUGGCCGACGCGCACGCGCCGAGGCUGGAGGUGGUCAAGUUCGGGUUCCUGGCGAGGCUCCGCGUCAUGGAGUGGUCCCACGGCGCGGCGUCCAGCCUCCGGGAGGUGGCCAUCGGCGCGUGCCACGCGCUGACGCACAUGACCUGGGUGCAGCACCUCCCGUGCCUCGAGUCGCUCAACCUCAGCGGGUGCAACGGCAUGACGAGGCUGGUCGGCGGCGCCGCGGAGGGGGGCAGCGAGGCGGAGGAGGUCGUGACGUUCCCGCGGCUGAGGCUGCUGACGCUGCUGGGGCUGCCGAGGCUGGAGGACAUCCGCGGCGGCGGCGGGGAGUGCGCGUUCCCGGAGCUGCGGAGGCUGCAGGUCAGGGGGUGCUCGCGGCUGAGGCGCAUACCGAUGCGGCCGGUGACCGGCGGGCAGGGCAGGGUGAGGGUGGAGGGAGACAAGCACUGGUGGAACGGGCUGCAGUGGGCGAGCGACGACGUCAAGGCAUGCUUCGUUCCGGUGCUGCUCUGAGGCCCUCGCGCACACCGAAUUUGGGGUUUUGGCGCGUCCUCUUUGGUCCCUUUGAUUGAUGAUGGUGGUGGUGGGUGAUAAAUAAGUCGAGUGAGGGAGGAUGGCCAGGAACAGCGAACAAAGCAUACAUGUGAUUUUUGGGAGUUUAUUUUCAGAAGACAAGGGAAUUGGUUUGGGUUUCCUUUUCCAAGUUUUGGAUUUCUUGUAUUCCGUUGUGAAUCUAUACUACUCCCUCCGUUUUUAAA